GUUUUUGAUACUUGGAUAUGAUCUUUAUGUUUUGUUAAAAUAUAUUAGCUAGGAAAAUUGUUUUUUCAUAGUGGUUUUCCAUCAAUAUGCACAAUAUUGAAACCAUUAAUGGGAUUUUGCAUGCUAUGCUGUCAAUAAUAACCUCUUAGUGUUUUUCAUUUUCUUUGUCUUUUUAUUUUUCUUUUAUAUCUUCCUAUUUCUUCCAUCCUUUCCUUCUCAAAAUAAAUCCUCACGGCUUUAUGGAUUGCAUGUUGAUUGCUGAAGGUACCACUUACACUAACUUUAGGUUUUGGCUUGGCUAUUUUCAAUUUCCUUCUGCUUAAUGAAAAACUCAUUAAGCAAAGUAGUGGAUUCUUCAUAGGUUUUUUGUUUGUUUGCUGCAAUAAUGUAGUUCUAGCUUUUGUUGUCUCACCAUGGUUGGUUUUUAUUUUGUUGGACUAAAUAUAGUGGUGGCCCCCAAUGUUUACUAUUCAGUUCAUUUUAGUCCCCAAUACGACCUAUGAUUCAUCCAUGGGUAGAGAUGCCAUCAUGCCCUGCACUCUAGUUGUCUUGAUGAUGUGGUCAAGUUUACUGCUACAGAUUUGCCAGAUUAUGAUAAAAUUGGUUCGUCUGAACAAUCAAUCAUUUCAUUCCUUUCAAGAUUUCUUCAGGAUUUUUGCUUAA